AUGUCGACCAACAUCUUCCGCGAUAGCUACACCGGCGAAUUUGCAGAGCAUACCGAUUCGACAUCUACUUCGGCGCAUAAGCCAAAGAAAGCAAGCUUGCUGAACCUGCCUGGUGGCGGCAAAGCUAUCUUCGCCUUUGUUCUCAGUCUGUUCGCAUACACACUGCAGACAGAAUUUGCACAAUAUGUUCAGCAGUCUCUCAACUACCGCAAGCCCUUCCUGUCCCUCUACCUCGGACACAGCGGCUUCUUGCUCCUGUUUCCAAUGCACCUCUUCUUCCUCAAAUGGACCACAGGCCGGCCCAUUACACAUUACCUUCAUCUCAUCGCACUGAACCUCCGCUGGCAGCUCGAUACUCCUGCAUCCUCACUACCCAACCCACGUGCUGAUGCAGUACGGCAACGACUCAGCCAGGCUUCUGGAAGAGCAUGUGGUGCAAGUCGAGAAGAUUGGGGAGAGCCCGCAGCUGAGAGCUCGAGACGUCAACGGGCAUGCUUUUUCGACCAAAUGUUUGGCUUCAACGUCUUUCGCCUUGUCGGUCUGUUUUUCAUUCUGACUAUCGGUAUCACGGUCCCUGCGUUGAGCUGGUACUGCGCAGUGCCCAUGACGUCGAUGGCAGACAUCACCGCCAUCUACAAUACCUUUUCCGUCUGGGCGCUUGUCUUUUCGGUCUGGUUCCUCGGUGAGAAGUGGGAGAAGCGAAAGGUGUUUUCCGUUCUGCUCGCUUGUCUCGGCGUCAUCAUUGUUGCUUAUGGCGGUGCGGAUCAUCGAAAGGUGCCCAAGCCAAUCGACCCGGUUCACGGCAAGCCACCAACAAACGAGGACCCUGCAGAGCAAGUCAUCCGACACUCAAUACACUCACUUGUCGAUCGCUUUCUUCUUCAACGGGAAGCAUCGUCCGAGUUGCCCAUCAACAGUGCGCAUAACCCCGUGCUGGGUGAUCUGCUAGCAUUUGUAGGUGCAGUGACGAUGGCAGCAUACGAAAUGGCAUUCAAACUGAUCGGCACGCUCCCGGAUGAGCAAAGGCAAGCAGACAUGUACUCUGCAGUCCCCAGCGGUCGCCAUCGGCGGUCUCGCAGUUACGUUCACUACCAAGACCUCGAAGAUGGUAGCCAGCACCAAGCAUACGAAUCCGAAGGGCUGCUGCACACUUCUCAGCCUAACAAGCGGCGUGAUGACACUAACGGCGACUUUGGUGUCGAUGUCGCUCCAGCAAGUCAGCACGUGAUUGGUGAGGAUGAUCAAGGCGAUGUCAAGACGCGAGAGUCAAUCGACACAAGGAGGUACUCUACCGUGGCAGACAAGUUGAUUGAUCAAGACCGUCAAGAUUAUCAGAGCAUCACUCCACCACUGGAGGCGUCGGCACCUGCCGAAGGGGACGACGGUGUUAAGGCAGCUAUCAGCAAGGUGCGAGUGCACGCCAAGGCUGUCCGCGUGUCGAGUGGUCCGAUCAAGGAGAGGGACGAGGACGAAGAGAGUCAAGUGACCGAAAGCGAGCUAGACGAGGACGAAGAACGACUGGUCCUUUCGGGUGCUACUCGGCUCCAUCGGACGCGCUCAAACCUCUCCGUUCAUCACCGACCUCUUGCAGAUGACGAAGCCACUACUCCGCGUCCAGGCCCCAGCUGCAGGAGCUCGUCCUAUCGAAGUGUGCACGACCCUUCUAUCCCGCCACCUCUACCUUUUGGUCUACAUGCCAACGUCAUGACAGCCGGCAUCGGGCUUACCACCUUUACAACUUUCUGGAUCGGUGUCAUUGUGGCAAACCAUUUCGGAUGGGAACCUUUCGAGCUUCCGCAUAACUUGCGCACCUAUGUCUCCAUCGCCAUGGUGGUGCUUUGCGGCAUCUUUUUCAAUGCUGCGUUCAUGAUCUUGCUGUCACUCUGGGGUCCAGUGCUCGCGUCGGUCAGCUGUUUGAUGACCACGAUCCUCGUCGAGGUUGCAGACGUGCUGCUGGGUCAUGAGCUAAAAUGGAUCAGCGUCCUUGGAUGUGCACUGAUCGGUGCCGGGUUCGCCGUGCUCGUUGGUGGAGACUCAAUCCACUAG